AUGCGAGAAGACAUUUGGAUACAUUUGGUUGCUACACUGCUGGCAAUAACUGGGGUCGGUGACUGUGUUGAUGACUACAUCCUUCAGCAGAAACUCUACAGUGACAUCAUCGAGUCUAACAACCCGAACAUCCGCCCUGUUCGUAACAAAACACAUGUGACCCGAGUCUCCAUCACCUUUAACCUUGUGGCUAUUACAGAGUUUGAUGAAGUCUCAGAGGCUCUAGCUUCCACCGGUUACAUGGAGGUCACAUGGGAUGAUGAAAUCCUGACAUGGAACCCAACUCUAUAUGGCGGUGUGAAGGACAUCAGGCCAGCGUUUGAUCAGGUAUGGAAGCCUAGGGUAGCGGUGCAGAACACGGUGGACAAGAUGAAGCCUUUGGGCCUGGAUUUUGGCAUCUUGGUUCUCUUCUUCACUGGAAGCCUGACCUGGUAUCCUGGAGACUCAUUCAAGACAAGUUGUAAAAUGGAUGUAACCAAGUUCCCCUUCGACGUUCAGACAUGUUCCUUUAAUGUUUUUGUUUGGGCUGACACCAUCAACACCGUUGAUCUCUUCCCAGUUGACAACUUCAUUGGUCUCGACAUUUACAAUGUGAACAGCGAGUGGGACAUCACCAACACCUCGGCCACUCGACACACACAAUUUGUGUCAUUCUUUGAGAUCGCCCAUAUCACCUACCAACUUCAGCUGACGAGGAAACCGUCCAUGAAGAUCCUGACUGUCGUGAUGCCUGUCCUGCUUCUUUCUUUCCUCAACAUUUUAGUGUUCCUCAUCCCAGUGCAGUCGGGGGAGAAGCUGUCCUUCUCCAUCACAGUGCUGCUGUCAUUUGCUGUUUUCAUGUCCUUCAUCACCAACAUGCUGCCCCAAAGUGCUGACAGCCUGUCAGUAUUCACCCUUCUCAUGGCUGGGCUGUUCCUCUUGAGCUCUCUCUAUGUGCUGCUUACUAUCUGGGUCAUCAAGGUAUUCCAUAGAGACUCUAGCAAGCGGGCCGUUCCACUCUGGGUGCAUAGACUUAUGGGCGGUCAGAAGGGAUGUUGUGGCAGCAUCAGGAUACACACGGCCGGGGGUCAGGAUGUGUCGGACAUAUCUCCUAGUGGUUACAUUGAAAAGUCAACGCGAGGAAGUGAAAGGCUUCCCAGACGUGAAGUGCAAUGGAAAAGAGUGAGUGAAGCCAUGGACAAAUUCUUUUUCUGGUUAUUCCUCCUCCUCGUCGUGUCACUGAUGGCUGUCACUGUGUUUAAGAUAUAUAAGUAA